AUGCACUACCUUUCUCUCCUUCUUCCCCUGGGUCUAGCUGUGCUACCGCAGGAGGCCCAUGCCCAACAACCCGUAUGCCCUCUCCUAGGCCCUAUCUUCCCACCCGUCCCACACCCAGCCAAGUCUAAUGCCAUCUCAAACGCCAUUAUCGAUCUCGAUAAAACCUUCAAGGAGCUCGACCGCAAUGGUACCUUCCAUGAGCUCAACACCACUCUCUACGUCCAAGCCUUCUCCGCUGCUGACACCCUCUUUCAGCAUGGAUACGUUCCUCAAGGCAUGAAGGGUUUCUUGACCUCAGGAACACUCAACGAAGAUACUGUUUUCCGUGUGGGCAGUGUUUCAAAGCUUCUUAUCGUUUAUACACUGCUCGCUGAGGUGGGAAUGGAUCACAUGAGCGAUCCCGUGACAAGGUGGGUUCCUGAGCUUGCGCAUGCAGCCAAGAAGGGCAAAGGUGAUCCUACUCGCCGGGUCCAGUGGAAUGAGGUCACCAUCGGGCAACUCUGUGGGCAUAUGUCAGGUGUCAGUCGCAACUUCGGCUUCUUCGAUCUGGAUUCUUUGAUUGGAUACCCCAAGGCCAACCCUGAGAUGUAUGGCUUCCCAAUUCUUGAAAAGAUUGAGCGACGAAAGUGCGAUAUCUCAGAUCCAGCUCUAGGCCCCUGUUCCCGUAAAGAGUUCUUUAACGGUAUUACAUCUAAGAACCACUUUCCAAUCACAUCCACUGCAAACACACCAAUAUACUCUAACCUUGCAUACCAAAUUCUUGCCUAUGCACUUGAAGGAAUGACCGGAAAGCCCUUCGAAAAGUCUUUGCAAUCCUCGCUCCUCAAACCGCUAUCCAUGAAAGAUACAACACUGGAGGCUCCUAAGGGCAAGAUUAACGCUGUUAUUCCCGAGAAUGAGCUGCUCUCGUGGUGGAACAUUACUACGGGCGAUGGUAGUCCCUACGGCGGUAUGUUCUCUACAUCUGCAGACCUCACCCGUCUUGGCCAGUCUAUUCUAAAGUCUUCUAUCCUCGACCCACCCACGACUCGGGCUUGGAUGAAGCCAAUUGCCCAUACCGCAGACCUCCACAUGUCGGUAGGAAUGCCUUGGGAAAUCCGCCGUACCCUCCUCCCGCUCGGCCCCAAUGGGAUACGAGUUGUGGAUUUGUAUACGAAGAAUGGUGCGAUUGGGCUUUACACUGCCAUCGUCGUUCUUUCACCAGACCAUGGAAUCGGUUUCGUCGCUCUUUUUGCAGGACCUAGUCGCGAUGUCGUGUUGAGCUACGUUCCUGACCUUCUCGCAAACACCCUGUUACCAGCGGCUGAGGAGGCAGCGCGCGAGGCUGCCACCGCGCGGUUCACAGGCACGUUCCAAGGCCGUGAGACCGAGGUCACGCUCGAGAUGGAAGAUACUCUCGUGGUGAAGAACUGGGCUCGUGGAGGUGUUGAUGUACUGGCUACCAUGGCUGCUGUGUGGUGGCCCGGGCUGGAGGUAACUCCCAUCCUGAGGUUAUACCCGAUGGUUGAAGGAGAUAAGAAGAUGUCGUUCAGAGGCACCUUUGAUGCUAAGGCAAUCAAUGGGUCGGAACCCAAUGCUGAGGUAAAUGCAGCCUAUACAACUGCCGGUCCCUUCAGUGGUGGAUGCCUAUCAUGGGGAGUAAUGGACACGCUUACAUAUGGGGACGCUGGGGUUGAUGACUUUGAGUUCGUACUUGAUCACACUGAUAAAGCAACGGAACUUGGAGUAAGGGUUGCAAGGGAAACACUUCGGAAGAUCAACUAA